UUUAUCCAGAUGACCUGUUUUGAUCAGGUCUCUUUCAAUCUCCAGCUUACUCUCCAAACAGCCUUUGCCCUCAGAACUAAAAACUAUCCGGCAACAAUUUAGAGGCCAGCCAUGGGAGCACUUGGAAUUUUUAUUGUCUCCUUCCUUUUCCUUGGAGUAGCAGAGUCAACAGAUUUUGAUCUUUCUGAUGCUAUUUCUCAAGAUACCAUAACACCUUCCCCAAGAAAGCCAGAAAAUCAGGAGUGUCCAAAUGUUGCCCGAGACAUUGUGUUAUUGAUUGAUGGGUCUAGCAGCGUUCGACAUACGGAAUUUCUUGCAGAGAAGUUAUUUGUUGCACUCUUCAGUAAAACUUUUCCUGAAAAUACUCUGUUCUCCCUUGUGCAGUUCUCCAACAAAAUUCAGCAGCAUUUUGACUUCAGAACUUUCCAAAAUGACCAAAACCUAAACAACCUCCUACAAGAAGUCCGUCAGCUGCAUGGCUCUUCCUACACGGCCACUGCCAUCAAGAAAGCUGUGGAACAGUUCACCACACAGAAAGGCGCUCGCAACAAUGCCAAGAGGUUCCUGGUGAUUGUGACCGAUGGAGAGAAAACGGGGGAUCCCUUGGGCUAUGCAGAGGUUGUUCAGGAGGCUGACAGGGCUGGAAUCACACGCUUCGCUGUUGGGGUUGGUCCAGUGGUUACAAGCAGACUGUUCCAGCAGGAGCUUCAUGCAAUGGCUUCACGCCCUGCUACAGAACAUACCUUCCUCCUGAGACAGUUCUCAGAUCUUAUGAAUAUCCAACUGAAAGAGAAGAUUUGUGCCAGUCACGGUACUGUGGUUCCACAGCCCACAUUAGCACCCCCAAUUUCUUGCACCUCGUGCUCGGACCCUCGUGUGCUGCAGAAACUGGAGCAAUUGGUGCAAGGCCUGGAUCAAGUAAAAUCCAAGUUGGACCAGCUAGCUGCCAAGGUUGGGAAAUGUGGACAGGGUUCCCAUGGUUAACAUAGUUUGCAGGAGGAAGAGAGUGGUGCAAAGAAAUGCAGGACAAGCUUACAGAGUUGUAUUUUUGGUUCAGUUUCAAGGAGCCAAACUUCCGGAUUUAAUCUAAAUUCCAAUAUGAUGCUGAAGACCCUUUGAUGCCAAUAAACCAUUAGCUUUUCA